AGCCGCUCCUCUGUUGAACUGCUCCUCCUCCUCCUCCUCAGAUGACCGGUACCUACCGACGCUCACUUCUUCCCCGAGCUGUCCUUCCACCGGCGGAAUUCUCAGGACUGGAUGCCCUCAGAGUACCUGCGCCGGACCCCGGUUCCCCCUCCGGAGUAAACUAACUUGAAGCCCGCGCGCUGUCGGAGUGUGUGGGAGCGUCAUGUGGAGGAAGGCUUCAGCAGCGGCCCUGCUGGCGUUGGCCGUCGGAUAUUUCUACUACGGCAGCCCGGAGCUGCCGGAGCACAUCCUGCAGUACGUCGGCCUGCCGGGCCUCCAGACGUCCACGGCGCCGCAGAGCAGCCUGGAGGAGGUGAUCUCCUCCGCCUGGGAGGCUCUCAUCACUCUGCCCAGCCGGCAGUGGAGCAAAGUGGCGGUGGGGGUGAACGCCUGUGUGGACGUGGUGGUGUCCGGGGUGGGCCUGCUGCAGGCCCUGGCCGUGGACCCCGGCGCCGGCUCGGACCACGAAGUGCUGCACUCCAAGGAGGACCUGAAGGAGGCCUUCAUCCACUACAUGGCCCGCGGCGCGGCGGCCGAGCGCUUCUUCAGCGACCAGGAGGUCUUCCACAGGAUCGCCCGCGCUGCGGCCGAGUACCCCGGUGCGAAGCUGUACGUGGGAGGAAACGCCGCCCUCAUCGGUCAGAAGUUCGCCACCUACCCCGACCUGAUGGUUCUGCUGUGCGGCCCAGUCGGUCCCAAACUUCACGAGAUGCUGGACGAGCAGAUUGUCGUCCCUCCAGAAUCCCUGCAGGAGACGGACGAGUAUCACCUCAUCCUGGAAUACAAAGCAGGUGAGCAGUGGGGCUCCACGCAGGCGCCUCAAGCCAACCGCUUCAUCUUCUCCCACGACGUGUCCAACGGGGGCAUGAGCUCGCUGGAGACGUUCGUGGCCAGUCUGGAGGAGUUCGAGCCCGACCUGGUGGUGCUGUCGGGGCUGCACAUGAUGGAGGGGCAGGGCCGGGCGCUGUGGGAGGCCAGGCUGAAGGAGGCCGUGGCCGCCAUAUCGGAAAUCCGCAGAGACAUUCCCAUCCACCUGGAGCUGGCGAGCCUGACCGACAAAGACUUCAUGAACAGCAUCAUGGAGGAGCAGGUUAUGCCCGUCGUCAGCUCCAUCGGGCUGAACGAGCAGGAGCUGCUGUUCCUGUCGCAGGCCGGCGCGGGGCCGCACGCCGAGCUGCCGUCCUGGAAGGGCGUGCCGGACGUGGGGCGGGUCAGCGACAUCCUGCUGUGGAUCCUGGAGCGGCACGGCCGCAGCGACCCGGCGUCCGAGGCCGACCUCACCCGCAUCCACUUCCACACGCUGGCCUACCACAUCCUGGCCACGGUGGAGGGCCACUGGGGGAACCAGGCGGCGGCGGUGAUGGCGGGCGCCCGGGUGGCCAGCAGCCAGGCCUGCGGCCUGCGCUCCGUCGACGUCGGCAAGGUGCAGCUCAGGGCGCCGCUGGAGUUCUCCAGCUCGCACGGCGAGCCGCGAGAGGCGCUGACCCUCGACCCCGCCCGGCCCGUCACCGUGUGGCGCCGCGGGAACGUCACCUUCCACUUCACGCCGGUGCUGGUGUGCAAACAGCCGCUCCGGACAGUCGGGCUCGGGGACGCCAUCUCGGCGGAGGGACUAGUUUACUCCGAGGUGAAGACGCCGCAGCCGUUCUGAGGCCGCCGCCGCCGCCGUGCCGGAGAAGAGCCGAGAAGCUGCUGUCUCUGUGCCGGGGUCACGCGGUGACGCCUGAUGGCUCCUCCUCCUCCCGGAUGUGAGCCAGCGGUGAGGCGAACCCGACUCUAUGCACCGCGCACAGCUCAAAGCCAUCGCCACAAACUCCAAAGAUUCCCCCGGGCUCAGCUAAUUCACUCCCACCCGCGUAUCUCCAGUCUGCUGUGCCUUGAGAAAACACCGAGCCGCUCCCAUUCGGCUCCGGACCGAGCCGUGGGACUAACUGGAAGCGGCGGAGUCUCCGUGGUAACCGCCAUCAUGUUCUCUGUUCCCUCAGCCUGCGGCGCAGUCGACAGAUUCAGUCAGUAGGAAACUGGAGAAACGGUCCCACCGCAGUAUUUCCCAGCAUCGGACUCAAACACCUGGAGUAAGUGUUGACUCGAUACUUGACGCUCUGUCUUAUUUGUCCCGAGAGGAUGUGAUGACUUUUGUUUUGUUUUGUUGUUUUGUUUUUGACGGAAACACUCCCAAAACAAAAAAGAUGUUUGGAAACUUAACAGCAUCUUUUUUUAUUUCCUGUAAUUACGCUAAAAAAAAAAAGAGAGCGAGAGAAACUCAGAUUGCGGAUCAGAUCCUUCACAUAUGCAGUGAAACUCAGUUUACAAUGAGUUAGCAAGCUAAUUUACAAACAUCUGCUGUGGGAAAGCAGUUGUAAGAUAGGCCACAUGUUAUCAGGGUUACUGUACUUUCUUUUGUUCUUUUUAUUUUUACAUUGUACAGCCUCUUCUCAGCCUUAGCCUCUUAUUGGUUCCCCUGAUGCAACGUUAGUGGGAUUUUUCUCUGUUGUGUAGAAUCUGGGUGUAAACGAAGAUCACGCCAACUGAAAAUCACCUUUCUUAAAUUUUAAAGACCCAUGAACAAAAGAUUAUUGCUCGGUAAAAGUGUAGAACCAUGGUCUGUAGCCUUUCCACAGCCUGCCGCCGUCACUCAGAGAAGUGACGUUUUUAAUUAUUGCCUUAGCGUCGUUUGUGGAUACCAGCCCCGAUAUCUUUUUUUUGGUCUCAUUUAGACGACUACAUUUUCACUUGUAAAUGUUUGUACUGUAUUCUGCCCACAAGUGUGUGUGUGUGUGGUUUCAUUACAGGAACAAAGAGCACCCACUAGUGGCCCAACGUGAAACCUACAUCGUUUUCAGCGUUCCAAAAUAUUGCCGUGUAAAUGCGACACUUUUUCUUAAAAAGACACGAUGCAUUUUCACUUGAAACAUCCUGGAAACAGGGCUCUUAUCCACUUGUUAGUGUUCUUUUUUUUUUUUAAAUAAGUACGAACUUGACGAAUCCUGAUAUGCUGAUGCAUUUUGUGUUGUAGGAUAAAAUGCAAAACUGUGCUGAGCCUUUAACAGUUACCUGAUACCCUUUAAAAACAUGGUCCACGAGACAAUAAAUCUCUAUAAAGUUCACUACCGUAUUUUUCAGAGCAUAUUUCACACUAUUUUUUUUUUUUAAGUUGAGCUGGUCAUAAGACUUCAAAAAUAAGAAGAGAUUUGUCGAUCAGUAAAUCAUAUAUUGAUCACUAGAUGUCACUGUAUGACAACAGAAUUUUGCUGGAAUACACCUCCAGCAUUACCGUAUUUCACCAAUAAUGCAAGAAAAAUGCCAAUAAUCGGCAAACUUUUCAGCAAAGUUUAACCUGAAACUUUAAGUUAUGCAGGCUAGCUGAGGGAUAUUGAAGUAAUGAAUCAAUAAAUAUAUUGUACACAGUGCAAAUUAUGUGUGAUUUAUAGUCCAGGAAAUAUGGUAAUUCGAUCACGCUUAAAAAUUCAACACUUACCUUGCUCUAAAUGUAAUUAUCUACUACUUGCUGCUUCGUUUUUGACUGUUGAUUAUAUUUUGGAGGAAUAUAUGUUGCUGAAAGUGUCAUCCAGUUGUUAUUAUGUGACGACUGCCGGGAAAAGUCUCCCUGACUGUCCGAUAAAUCCCCCAUGGAUCUUCCUCCUCAGCUUAGACAUCAGCCCCGCUUCUGGACGACUUGUUUGACACACCUGCAUCGUGAUAGACGUGCAGUUUCUAACUGUCAGAACUGUGUUCGUAUACCUCAAACUGCCUCUGAGGGCAUGCAAUAAUGAUCACAAUGGAGUCUUAAUGCAAAUGUCUCAG